AUGUUGCUGCGGAAGCAAAAAGGCUUUCCUGACGCCCCACCCGGAUGUCGUUCCGCCGACGAAUUCGCCUACGCCACCGGACGGGACCCGCUCAUCAGCGACACCGACGUCCUCUGCGUUGCACUGGGUGGCAACGCUUCUUCGGCGGUCUUUCCAUUCAGCCACGUCGUCGUGCUCAUCCUCUCCCUCCUCUACACGCUCAACCCGAUGGCC